AUGGGAAUGGUAAACCAAACUUUCUUUAGUGGUUUCGUCUUGUUAGGAUUUUCGAAUGAACGGGUUUUACUUUCCUUGAUGAUCCUGACGAUUUAUACUAUGAUUCUUGUUGGAAACCUCACCAUCUUUAGCGUCAUCAAGAUCGACAUUAACCUUCACACGCCCAUGUACUUUUUCCUUAGCUACCUAUCCAUAUUAGAUGUCUGUUACUCUUCCGUUACCCUUCCGGCUAUGUUGGUUAUGGCCCUAACAGGCAACACAAGAGUGUCCUUUGACCUUUGUUUUACUCAGCUCUAUCUUUUUGUCUCUCUUGGUGGGUCGGAAUGUCUUCUUCUGGCUGCAAUGGCCUACGACCGAUAUGUGGCAAUAUGUGACCCUCUUUGCUACCCCGUAGUCAUGAACAAGAUAUUCUGUUCCUAUUUGGUUGGAGGCUGUUGGUUUUUUUUUGGAUUCUUGAACUCUGUUCUUCACACCACAUUGACAUCUAAGCUGACUUAUUGUAGAAAUCGCCAAGUGAACCACUUUUUCUGUGAUGUUCCGGCCAUGCUGAACGCUUCUUGCGCUGAUACCCACACCAGCCAAAUGUUACUUUAUAUAGUCAGUGUUUUUCUUGGCAUGACUCCUUUUGUGUUUGUCGUUGCUUCCUAUACUCGGAUCAUUUCAACCAUUUUGAAAAUUCACUCAGCCGCCGGUAGAAAAAAGGCCUUCUCCACUUGCUCCUCCCACCUCAUUGUGGUGACGGUCUUCUAUGUGACUGCCAACUUCAACUACAUUGGUCCAAAACCUGGGGAAUCCUUUGAUAUCAUACGACUAUCUUCCAUUUUGUACAGUGUUCUCACCCCUCUGUUCAAUCCCUUUAUAUACUGUCUGAGGAAUCAAGAGGUGCAACGGGCCUUGAAGAAAGCAUUUUGCAGGAAUUAUUCUGCUCUAAAAUGA